AUAAAUCAUUUUUUUUCAGUUAAACACGGCCAACACAGACGUGCUCUCGAACUCAGUUUUAUUCUCAAUCCACGAGUUGAUUCAAAAAUAUGUUGGUGAUCCGUUGCAGUAAAAAAAAUGGUAAACAACGUCGGACUCGGAUGUUGAUGCCACCGAUCGUCGUAUUAAUCUGACUGCAUACAGAUAUUCACCGAUACAUUUUUUCAAACCGAUUUAUCGAAUCAAGACACAUAAUGUCAUCAAAUAUCGACAUCAACGUCAAAAAUGAUACCAACGCGUUUUCAGAGAGUAUCGAUUAUAAGUCCAGCUAUACGGUGCAGUGCAAAUAGAAAAGGAACACAGCUGAAGUUUGGUCGCUCCGAAAAAAAUGAAUAAUAUGAUACCAGCUACAGUUUUGCUCGCUGUUAUAGCAGCGACCGUCUUAAAGGAUUGCGAUGCUUACUUGAGUGAAGCGGCCAUUAAAAAAACACAACAGAUGUUGAAAACCGUAUGCUCCAAGAAACAUUCAGUCGAAGAGGACGUAUUUACUGACAUCAAGAAAGGAAUAUUUCCGGAGAACAACAACAACAUAAAAUGUUACUUUGCCUGUAAUUUCAAAACUAUGCAAAUGAUCAAUCAAAAAGGAACCCUCGACAAAAAAUUAUUCAAAGACAAGAUGUCGAUGAUGGCACCACCGAACAUAUACAACAUUUUAUUACCAGCUAUUGAACAGUGCAUUGGAAUAGAUAAAGGCGAAGAACUUUGUCAGUCUUCGUACAACUUCAUUAAGUGUGCACACCGCGUGGAUCCAAAAAGUUUAGAGUAUCUACCACUAUAGACGUCGUCACCUUCAGUCAGCAGCUGAUAGAUCCUGGGUACAAAGGAACAUUUUGAUUUAUCGUCUGAAGUGUAUUUUUAAUAUAAUAAUUGUUGAACAUUUUGUGUGUAUUAAAAAUUCAAUUGCACGUUACAAUUUA